UGUACUGGGUGGAAGUUGAGAUAAUUGGGCUGAGCAACUCCAGCUCCCACAACUCUUUCCUGUUUCAGCAGCUUUAAUACUAAACAGACCUUUCAUUCUGCAGCCACAGAGAGAGAGAGAGAGAGAGAGCAGCUAAAGUGUGUGUGUGUGUGGCUUCCCUGAGCUUUCUACUGAGAAGGCAGGGAGGAGCCCCUGGAGUUGGUUUCUACUCUUUCCCGACAAAGUUCUGGCUGAUAGUGAUCAUCAGAGUGAAGCGAGAGCCUGGGCGAAGUCUCUCCAGAUCGUCACUGCUUCUCUUCGUGCUCUCACCCACCCCUGGACGAUGCCAGCUGAUCAGGACUGACACUCUCUUCUCACGAACAUUAUCUCCUUCCUGUCCGUCCUCCAGGUCAAAGAUUCGUCGGUCGCAGGGUCUGAAGAACAGGAAACAGACGAAUGGACAGCCCCAAAACAGAGAUGGCUCUCGUCAGCAACACCCUGGCUGCCUACGCACACAUUGUGUUUAACCCGGAGAAGGCUGCCUUGUACUUCGUCACUGGGAUCUGCUUUGGUCUCGUUCUGACUCUUUGCCUCUUGGUGAUUCGGAUUUCCUGCCACACCUUCGCCAAACCACCCGCUCCGGUGAAGAAGAUGGAGGAAGGCAGUGAGGACGAGGAGGAAGAGGAGGAGGAUGAUGAUGAUGAGGAGGAGGAGGCGGAUGGCGGGCCUCCUCCCACGACAGACUUAGCGCUGGCCAACCACACUGAGGCUCACACCACAUCCAGCGUCAACGUCUUCACAUCCGCGGAGGAGCUGGAGCGGGCGCAGCUGCUGGAGGAACGCGAGCGGAUCAUCCGUGAGAUCUGGCGGAGCGGCCAGCCCGACAUCCUGGGCAGCGGGUGUCAUCGCUACGAGCUGGAGACCCUCCCCAACGGGGGACAGAGGUCACAUCGGACCUGGAGCCCCAACUCCGAGGGACAGUACUGAGCCCACGCUGGCCUCAGAGGAAAAAAAACUGUUUUUAUAUGUACAGUGGGGGUGGAUGUGUGUGUGUGUGUGCACCAGGGAGAAAUACUUCAACCUUGUCUGGACAGGGAUUUACCCAUCUUCCCCCCUCCCA